AACUCUUCUUCCAUUGAACACACUAUAUAUAGUAGUGCAACUCCAUUUCAAUUUCAUCACAGCAAGCUAGCCUUCUUCAAUAGUUUACUAUCUUCUUUCUACAACAAGUCCUUAGAACUUAACUUCAAGAUGGCUCAGUCCACGAGCUUCUUCCUUCUCGUAGCUCUGCUUGCUUUUGCACCAAUUUGUUUCUCUUAUAAGAGUAACAAUGGUUAUCUAUACCCACAAUAUUAUCAUAAAUCAUGCCCACAAGCGCAAGAAAUUGUCAAGUCAGUUGUUGCUAAGGCUGUUGCCAAAGAAGCCCGAAUGGCUGCUUCGUUGCUGAGGCUCCAUUUCCAUGACUGCUUUGUCAAGGGGUGUGACGCGUCUUUGCUUCUGGACAGCAGGGGAAGCAUAGUAACUGAAAAGAGAUCAAACCCCAACAGGAACUCAGCUCGUGGAUUUGACGUCAUUGAUGAUAUUAAAUCUGCACUGGAGAAAGAAUGUCCACAAACUGUCUCUUGUGCUGAUAUCUUGGCACUUGCUGCAAGGGACUCCACUGUUUUGGCUGGUGGACCAAACUGGGAGGUUCCAUUGGGAAGAAGAGACUCCAGAGGUGCCAGUUUAAGUGGCUCCAACAAUGACAUUCCUGCUCCAAACAACACAUUUAACACCAUUCUCACUAAAUUCAAGAGGCAAGGCCUUGAUCUUGUUGACCUUGUCGCGUUAUCUGGGAGCCACACAAUCGGAAAUUCAAGAUGUACUAGCUUCAGGCAAAGGCUUUACAACCAGUCAGGAAACAGUAAACCAGACUCAACUCUGGAUGAAUCAUAUGCUGCCCAAUUGCGCAAUAGGUGUCCAAAAUCUGGCGGUGACCAAAACUUAUUCUUCUUGGACUUCGUUUCCCCAACAAAAUUUGAUAACAGCUACUUCAAGAACUUGUUGGCUUCAAAGGGCCUGCUGAACUCUGACCAAGUUCUUGCUACUAAGAGUCAAGAAUCAUUAGCCUUGGUGAAGCAAUAUGCAGAGAACAAUGCCCUUUUCUUCGACCACUUUGCCAAGUCUAUGAUUAAGAUGGGAAACAUUUCUCCUUUGACAGGUUCCAGGGGGGAAAUCAGGAAGACUUGCAGGAAGAUCAACUCGUCUUAAGAGAGCACAUCAACUUUCAUUUGCAGAAACAGAGUCAAUAAUUAUCCCUUUAUUGUUGUUUUGUUAUGUAUCUUUCCAUUGUUCUUUUUAUAUUCUCCUAGCUUCUUUCAUUUUUCGUCCUUGAGAUCACAUCGUUUGUACCAUCUGUUGUUAAUCAAGAAUCUAUACCAUUCUUGGAUCUUA